CGAGGCGGACCGCGGUGGUGGCGGGCGCGUUAGUGAAGUUUGUGCGGGCAUCGAAAUAUACGAGUUUAAGUAACAGCUUCCGAAUGGAUUUUAACAGCGAUGUAAUGAGUGAGAUUAAGCAUGAACACCGUAUUUUAGAAGCUAUUGAUCAAUUACGAAGGCGAAAAGCGCGACCAGACGCUGAUAGAAUAUGUAGUUAUUUACAGCGAAGGUUCGCCGUGUGUCCUGCGGAUGCGAUUAUAGAUUUACAACGGCUGGUAGAUGCAGACAUCGUCGUAAAAGUUGAAUACAAGGGUAAUACGAGCUACAGAAAUGCUGCGAAGUGGUCGCGAUACGCGAUGUACAGUAAAAGUAGGGAAGAAAAUCAAGGCGUGAACCAAAGCCUGAGCAGUCUAGUGAGUAGCGGUAUCGCAGAAUUAAUUGUUCAGGAGCCUGAUUACCUGGAUUUUGGAGUGCCGAGACAAGAACUAAAGAAAUUUCUACAUGAAAAAGACAGAACUUUAUUUUCAGAGCAACAUUUCGACAUAAUAGUUCAGCGCGAGGUUGGUUCGGGCAAUCUAGUGAUUCUUGAAAAUGGUAACUAUUCGUUGGCGGACCAUCCUAUCCCAACCAGUCCGUCGGCUAGUAAUUCAAACGGAAAUGAGUUGAAAAUGCUUAGAAUAGAUUCGCCUUGCUCUUCUGAUCACCAUUCCGAGGACGAGUAUGUUUCCAAAGAAGACGAGGCCGACUCUAACUUAAAUUCAACUUACUUUGUAAACAGCAAAAAAAAAGAAGAUGCGAAAACACACGAUAGCUCGCCUGACGGUGCUAGUUCACCGAAAGAUGUCCCUGCGUCUGGAUUUCGUGUUGGCGUUCGACGAAAGCGUGCGAAGAAAGUGUUUGACCCGUCUGACAACAACAUUCCAACUCGCAAACGAGGGCGUCCGGUAGGAAGCUCCAGCUCGAAGCUUGCAAAUCAAAACAAAGGUGCAGUUGGAGGCGUGUGUUACCUGUGUCGCCACCAGGCGCGCAACCGGCGCGGCCAGAACGAGAAGUUGUUGUGGUGCCGGGGCUGCACCCACAAAGGUACUCUUCAGCAAACAAAUGUUCCGGUAAUACAGUAUUUACAGUUUUAG